UGCCCACUCACCCUCGCACCCCGUAAAAAGCCCCCAAUUCCACUCUGAGACCGCCAUGCCGGGUCUCAAACGCUCUAACGUGAUCAUCAUCCACCCCGAUCUGGGCAUCGGCGGUGCCGAGCGUCUUAUCAUCGACGUGGCGCUUGCGCUCCAAAACCGCGGCCACAAAGUAACGAUCUACACCUCACAUCGCGACAAAUCACACUGUUUCGAAGAAGCGCGCGAUGGCACCCUCGAUGUCAAAGUGCGGGGCAACACGAUAUUCCCCGCACAUGUAUUCCGACGAUUCCAUGUUCUCAUGGCGAUCUUAAGACAAUUACAUCUCACCGUUUCAGUCCUGGGAGAGAUAUCUCAUACUUGCGAUGCGAACGAGAAAAGUAAAGAUAGCGAGGGAUUAGAAGAUGACAUCUUCAUCGUCGACCAGGUCCCCGCCUGUGUACCCUUUCUAAAGACAUUUGCGCGACAACGACAGCGCAUCCUCUUCUAUUGUCAUUUUCCAGACCAGUUGCUUGCGUUUCGGGGUGAGGGAGGGUCUCUCCUGAGUUUUGUGAAGACGUUUUAUCGGUACCCGUUUGAUUGGUUUGAGGGGUGGGCAAUGAGUGCUUCUGAUAAGGUUGUUGCGAAUUCUAGGUUUACGAGGGGUGUUGUGAGGGAGGUUUUUGGGGGUGAGAAACUCGGCGAUGUUAGUGUUGUUUAUCCGUGUGUUGAUACGGAGCCGGCGGCUUCGAAGGGCCCGGUAAUUGUGAAGGAUGGGGAGGCGCUGUGGGGUGGGAAGAAGAUUUUUUUGAGUAUUAAUCGGUUUGAAAGGAAGAAGGAUAUGGCACUUGCUAUUCGUGCGUAUCAUGGGUUGGGACCGGAGAAGAGGAAGGGGACGAGGUUGGUUGUUGCUGGUGGUUAUGAUAACCGGGUCCAGGAGAAUGUGCAGUAUCAUCGAGAACUGGAUGAACUUGCUACUAGUCUAGGAUUGCAAACUGCUACAUCUAAGACGGUCAUCUCAGCCCUGUCCGUUCCGGAUUCGAUUGAUGUGCUGUUUUUGUUGUCCGUGCCGUCUGCGUUCCGGGAUAUGCUCCUCGAGCACGCGAAAUUGCUUCUUUACACGCCUAUCAAUGAGCACUUUGGUAUUGUGCCUGUCGAGGCAAUGCGCGCUGGCAUCCCCGUCUUGGCGUCGAAUACCGGCGGCCCAUUGGAGACAAUCGUCGAGGGCGAAACGGGGUGGCUUCGAGAUGCGAAGAAAGACGCCGACUGGACGGCGGUCAUGGAUAAGGUUCUCUACGGAAUGGACCAGAAAGAGUUCGAUAGGAUGUCCGUUGCCGCGAAAGAGCGAGUGGAGCGGGAAUUCUCCCUAACGGCCAUGGGCGACCGACUCGAGGAGGAGAUCUCGGACAUGCUCGCGCGCGAAAGACGUCCGUUCGCCGGACUCCAGCAGAUCCUCGUCCUCUUGGCCUUGUCCGGAGUCGCACUCUCACUGCUUGCUGCUUUUGUCCUAAAGGCGUUCUGAGUGUUGUUGUUGCUGUUGCUGCUGAUAAUACCCCCGCGCUUCCAUUGCCUUCUUGUAUAAUAAAAAUAGACACAAUCCAAUACAAUAACCCUCAAUCAUCCAAUGAACCCAUACAUAAUAAUAACUAUAAAGCCCCCCGUUAUCACCACGUGACCUCGCGCAUCCUACGCGACAACACGUGCAUAUUUGCAUAUCAAUCUCCUUAUCA